AGUUGAUAAAAAAGUUCUCCAAUGGAUUCGUGCUCUACAACCGGUACAUCGUUGUGCUCCAAAAAUAUUCGAAUCUAUUUUGAUUCAUGGACACGUGAUGGGUAAAUCCUAUAUGGAAAAAUUAACACAACCAAAAUUUGUUGCACACACUUCUGUGCAACAUAAUCGUGUAAGAACAAUUAUUGAUUCGCAAUUCCCAGCUGUACAGGAACAAAUAAAAGAAUUAAUUCUUGCUCUAGUUGAUAUUGAAUUUAUGAAAGAAAAAAUUUUGAAAGACGAUAUUCAACGUAAAUCUACUAUAGUAUCAAGAGAAGAAAAUGCGUUGAAACAUUUUUUGAGUGAACAAAAUAUCCAAAUAAUUAGAGAGAAAACAAUAGAAAUAGCUCGUGAUAGUAUUAAAUUACAUCAACAUCAAACUGGAAUUGGUUAUGAAGUGGAUGCAGAUGUACGAACAAAUCAACAUGUAUUCAGUAUUUUGGGUCCACAUACGGGACAUUACUAUGGCGAUGUUAUUAUUGUAUUUAAACCAGAAAUUAUGUUACAUCCCGAUACGAAUUUUACUAUUCAAGCGGCCACAUUCUUUCCAGGAGGUUAUGCUUAUAAAUGUCGUCCAUGGCUAACAAAUCCUGGUUCGACACCACUUCGUAUUGAACAUUUUCAUUCAUCAAAAAUACAUUCUACUCUAGAUAAUUAUGAAUAUGUGACAGCACUCGAACUAAUGGGUCUUGCUGGCCGUGAUAGGAAAACAAUGAAUGUUGGUUUACAGGAUAUUAUAAAUUAUUUUUUAGAAGUUGAUUCACAUCAAACUGUCGAGGUACAUUUACCGCAAUUAAUUCCAUUAUCGUAUAUUGAUAAAAUCUAUGUUCCAAAAAAUGUAUUUGAAUCAAUGAAUCAAAAAACACAAGAAUCAAAAACAAAAAUAUUUCGAAAUCGAUUCAUUGUCACUGAUCAUGAAGUUGAUAUGAAUGUAAAUUUAGGUACUCUACAAGGUAAACCACCUGAUCCAUCACGAAGCGAGUAUACAAGUUAUGUUCUAAAACAAUUAUUAGAUAAAGUUCAAGAACGUUCAGAUAUUCUAUUAAAAACUCCAAAUUUUCAUCAGGGUACUUAUAUUACUGUAGCGGCAAAACAAUUCAUAACAAUACCACAUACAAUUACUCAAACACACCAACAUACGGUUGCUGUAACAAAUAGACAAUUAUCUAAUAAUACUGUCUAUCUCUAUUUUAAGGUGAAAAAUGGUGAUUUUAUGUUAAUACUUACAAAUGAACGUAUGGAUCCUAGUCAAGUACAAAAAAAUUUAAUCUUUUUAACAUGUUAUAUAUCUCCAAUGCCAUCAACAACAAAUCUAACAUCACCCAACGAUUAUCAUGAAACAGAGUCUUAUUUAAAUAAUUUACCUCCUACUACACAUGCCGGUGUAUUGCAACAAAAAAAUCAUAAAGCCUCUUCGAAUCAUUUUCAUAAGGGUUGUAACACAGAUGAUUAUGUUCAAUAUUGUUUAAGAAUUCGAUAUCAAACGGGUCAAGUCUCAUUAAUUCAUGUUGGUGUUAAUAGUUUGUAUAAUCAUUCUACCUUGGAAUAUAAAUUCAGUCCACAAGAACUGGAUAUAACAAAAUUAGAAUAUAUUCAGAUUCAAACAUUUACACAAACAAUACCAAUAGAAAAUUUUUUUAUUAACUUUGAACCUAUAUUAGAAUUACAUGCAGUUAUAGAUAAACAGUUUAGAACACCAAUUAAAAUAAACCAAGAAGAAGACGACGAUAACGAUAUUCCAUCUAAUCCACCAACCGGAAAUAAAAGGCAACACAAGCAUCAACAACAACAAUAUUCCAAUACAACGAUAAGUGCGAUAGCAAAAUCUGUUAUCAAAACACCGAGUAAUGUGCUGCCAGUAGAUGGUGUCAUGAGAAUGACAAAAAAUAAACCUAGUAUUAUCCAACGUUUUUGGAAUCGUUUAUUUGAUCCUAAAACCACUACUCUACCAUUACUUCCUGUUCUUCCAACUCCAAUAGCUCCAGUACAACAAGUUCCACAAGAACAAAAUCAAUAUGUACAGCAACAACAGUUACCUGCUACACAAAUACAACAACAAAAUCCUGCUCAAUCAACGCAACACAUUCCACAGCCACUGCCACAACCUGUCAUGGUCGUGCAACAACCAAUUCGUGAAAACCCACCUUGUAAAUAUUCAAAUAAUUGUAGAUUUCAAUAUACACAUCCAAAGGCAGACGAACAUUGUCAACAGUAUUCACAUCCAUGUCGAUAUUCAGAACUAUGUCGUCAACGAAAUAAUUUACAACACUGUACACAUUCUAUUCAUUAUGAACAUAAGGUACCCACAUGUCCACAGGAUCAACAAUGUCAACAAAAACAUAAUUCAUUACAUCGUUAUGAACAUCGUCAUACAGAUUUUUCUGAUUUAUUAUUUCCAUGUAAAGAUGGAACACAAUGUCAACAAAAAAAUUCUGUAGAACAUUCGAUAAAAUAUUCACAUGGUGAAAAUAUUCAACUAUCAACACGUAAUGUAUCACACUCUAAUUCAUUCAAAUCACAAGAAGAUUUUUGA